AUGUUUUCCAGAGCUCUAAGGACGAGGGCUGUGCCCUCUUGCCUCCGUUCCCGCGGUCCCACUACGUUUGCGGCGACGUCGCGGACGGUGACGACGGAUGCAGCUCAAUCUAGCCUGGAGCAGCCUCUCCCCAAGUCCGACGAUGAGCCUUUUAACAUCCGCCUCAGCGACGAGUCCUUCGAGACCUACGAGCUCGAUCCCCCGCGCUACAGCCUCGAGGUGACCAAGAAGGGACUUAAGCAGAUGUACAGCGACAUGGUUGUCAUCAGGCAGAUGGAAAUGGCCUCGGAUAGGCUAUACAAGGAGAAGAAGAUUCGGGGUUUCUGCCACUUGUCCACUGGCCAGGAGGCCGUGGCCGUCGGUAUCGAGAAUGCCAUCACCAAAGAGGACUCCGUGAUUACCGCCUACCGUUGCCACGGUUUCGCCUACAUGCGAGGCGCGACCGUUAGCUCCGUCCUCGGCGAGCUUCUCGGCCGCCGACAGGGUAUCGCCUACGGAAAGGGUGGCUCCAUGCACAUGUUCACCAAGGGCUUCUACGGCGGAAACGGUAUCGUCGGAGCUCAGGUUCCCAUUGGUGCCGGUCUUGCGUUUGCGCACAAGUACAACGAUGACGGCAAGGCCACCAUCAUUCUCUACGGUGAUGGUGCUAGCAACCAGGGUCAGGUGUUUGAGGCUUUCAACAUGGCCAAGCUCUGGAAGCUCCCUGCCCUCUUUGGCUGCGAGAACAACAAAUACGGUAUGGGUACGUCGGCCGCCCGCUCGUCGGCGCUCACCGAUUAUUACAAGCGUGGCCAGUACAUCCCCGGUCUCAAGGUUAACGGAAUGGACGUCCUCGCCGUGAAGGCCGCCGUCCAGUACGGAAAGGAGUGGACCGCGGCCGGAAACGGACCCCUGGUUCUCGAGUACGUCACAUACCGAUACGGUGGCCACAGUAUGUCCGAUCCCGGCACCACCUACCGAACCCGCGAGGAGAUUCAGCGCAUGCGAUCCACCAACGAUCCCAUCGCCGGAUUGAAGCACAAGCUUCUCGACUGGGGCGUCCUCAGCGAGGAAGAGCUUAAGAACAUCGACAAGGAGGCUAGGGCCCACGUUAACGCCGAGGUUGCUAUCGCCGAGUCGAUGGCUCCUCCUGAGGCUAUUUCUCAGAUCCUCUUUGAGGACAUCUAUGUCAAGGGUACUGAGCCUCCGUUCAUCCGUGGCCGUACUGCGGAGGAGCUUCACUACUUUGACAACUAA